AUGUGCUCAAUUAUUCCACAUUCGCGAAAUACCAUAUUCCCCUCCGCUCAGACAAAAAGUCCGCCCCAUGUCAAGCACAUACUGUACAACAAGGUCCCCCGGCCCCGGACCCCCAUACAUAGCAUUCUCCCCUCCCCUCCCUUCUCUCAAACCGAAACUGUACUAGAGAGACUAUCUCAUGGUGCGGUGCGGAGGAUGGAAACCAUGGUUCGUGUCUGCGACGGACGCUUCCGCCACAGGAUACUGUUACUGCAUAUUGCCUAG